UAUGCUUAUAAGUCUUUAUAUUGAACAUCCGGUGUUUGUAUUUUAACGCUACGGUUUUUGUGUUUAUAAUUAAUAAAUCAUGUCUGUAAGUGAGAAAGUGUCCCUUUCGGAUGCGCUAAGCAAUGUCGACGUACUGGACGAACUCACUUUGCCAGAUGAGCAACCAUGUAUCGAAGCAGCCCCCUGUUCAAUCCUCUACAUGGCCAACUUCGACACCAACUUCGAGGACCGCAAUGGUUUCGUCACAGGCAUUGCCAAAUAUAUUGAAGAGGCCACAGUUCAUGCCAAUUUGAAUGAAUUAUUGGAAGAAGGCAAUGCACAUGCAGUAAUGCUAUACACCUGGCGAUGCUGCAGCCGAGCUAUCCCACAGCCCCGGUCUAAUGAACAGCCAGAUAGAGUCCACAUUUACGAGCGCACUGUCCAGGUGUUGGCACCUGAGGUGGAUAAGCUUCUGCAGUUUAUGUAUUUCCAGCGCAAAGCCAUCGAGCGUUUCUGCGGCGAGGUCCGCCGUCUAUGCCACGCGGAAAAACGCCGCGAUUUCGUGUCCGAAGCGUAUCUCCUCACUCUGGGCAAGUUCGUGAACAUGUUUGCUGUGCUCGACGAACUUAAGAACAUGAAGAGCUCUGUUAAGAACGACUAUUCCACUUAUAGGCGAGCUGCGCAAUUUUUGAAAGUAAUGUCUGACAGUCAGAGCCUGCAGGAGUCGCAGAAUCUCUCCAUGUUCCUUGCCACGCAGAACAAGAUUCGUGAUACUGUCAAAGACGCAUUGGAGAAGAUCACCGGUUACGAAGAUCUGUUAUGUGAUGUAGUGAACAUAUCCGUGCAUAUGUAUGAGAACAAAAUGUACCUUACGCCGUCGGAGAAGCACAUGCUUGUUAAGGUUAUGGGAUUUGGGCUAUUCCUUAUGGACUCUGAAGUGUGCAAUAUCAACCGCCUCGAUCAGAAGAAAAAGCUGCGCCUCGACCGCAUUGACAGGAUUUUCAAGAACUUGGAGGUGGUACCCCUUUUCGGAGAUAUGCAAAUCGCACCCUUCAACUACAUCAAACGUUCAAAGCAUUAUGAUCCUAGCAAAUGGCCGCUGUCUUCCAGCGUGACCCCGCCCUCUCCCCAAGCUGACCUCAUGAUCCACCUUCCGCAAAUCAGAGAGGAACACCAGAACUACAUAUCUGAGCUAGCUCGCUACAGCAAUGAGGUGACAACGACCUUCAAAGAAGCUGGCUCCGAUUCAGAGAACAAGGCCGUAACCGAGCUAUGCCUGCGCGGGCUGCAGCUGCUGGCGGCGUGGUGUUCCGUCGUCACUGAGCUUUGCAGUUGGAAACUAUUGCACCCGACUGACCACACCGUUAACCCGAGAUGCCCGCCCGACGCCGAGGAAUAUGAGAGGGCAACCCGUUACAAUUACACAUCUGAAGAGAAAUUCGCCCUGAUAGAAGUGAUAGCGAUGAUCAAGGGCUUGCAAGUCCUGAUGGCGAGGAUGGAAACGGUCUUCGCUGAUGCCGCAAGGAGAUCCAUCUAUGCCGAACUGCAAGACUUCGUGCAGCUGGCGCUGAGGGAGCCGUUAAGGAAGGCUAUAAAGAAUAAGAAGGACCUGAUCAGAAGUAUCAUCGUGUCCGUGCGUGAGACGUGCGGCGACUGGGCACGAGGCUGCGAGCCGCAGCAGGACCCCGUGCUCAGAGGCAAGAAAGACGGCGAGGCCAGUUUCACCAUCAAGGUGCCCCGCAGGAACGUCGGUCCGUCAUCUACGCAGCUGUACAUGAUCCGAACCCAGCUGGAAGCUCUCAUCUCGGACAAGUCCGGCGGGCGCCGCACGCUGCGCAAAGACCUGGAUGCCAACACGCUGCAGCAGCUCGAGGCUUUCCACACGCAGAGCAAAUACUGGGGGGCGCUGCUUAAUCUCUCAGGUAAGGCUUCCAGAUUAGCCGGGU